AUAAAAUAAAAAUUCAUCAAAUUUAAUAUGAUAUUUAGAGUCGAAACGUUUCUCUAAUAUGUCUUCCAAGUAAAAGAUGGUUUACCUUGAUGAGAUUAGGCCAUGGAAGACGAAAUGGUUGGUCGAAGCCAAAGUUACCACACCUGGAAACCAUCUAAUGUUGGGCUUGGUGAGAGUUUAGAAAUCAUAUUUGCAUACAAAAAGGUAAUAAAAACAAUAACAUGGAAAUUCUGUUAAGUCUUCAUAGUAUAUAGAUUCCUAAAAUUUUGACCAAAUGAAAAAAUGAAUGGAUACAAUUAAAACAUUUAUGGAUGUAAUCAGUAGAAUACUUAUCUUCGUACUGAUUGUUUGUAGUGCACAGCGUACAUGACAACUGGAUUGUUUGAUAAUGUUUGUGAUAUAUAUAAUUUGAUAAUGUUUGUGAUAUUACGGCUAAAUUCUUUAUUAGCAUAAAUUCAUUUGUGAUUUUGAUUUUUGUCAUGUACAAAUAAAAGAAAAAUAUUUUAGGUUAAGAAUAUGAUUGUCUAACAUUAAAUAUAUAUAAAAUAUUUAACAUAAGUAUAUAAUUUAUAUUUUAUGGUAUAUUUUCAAAGAUGUUUUACCUUUAAUUUAAUUUUAAUAUUAUAAUAAUUUGUAUUUGGAUCAAUAUUUCCACUAAGAAUCAAUAAACUGGUCAUAAUAUUAUUCAUUAAAAUCACAAACUAAAUAAGAGAUAAACGUAAUUAUGAUAUUAUUAGCAGAUAUUGUUAAUAUAUAUUACUAAUUAAAUGUCCUAAUAAUAUAUAUAUAUAUAUAUAUUUUAAAUAUAGUAUAUAUCAGUAGAAUAGGAUAAUGUUUAUUAAUAUUUUAAAUAUCAUGAAAAUAUAUAUAUUAAAAUUAAUUUUAAAUAAUAAUAUUAAAGAAACUAAUAACUUAUCCUAUAAUCAUAGAGAAAUAGACAAAUAAGCAAAUUUAUUUUUCAAAAACUAGUAUAGAUCUGAUGAUAUUGUCAUUAUGGAGAAUCAAAAUAUAAUCUCCGUUUGGUGCUUUUAGAUGCACACAUUAUUUAUAGGGUUAUAAAAAGCCAUGCUCAUCCCAUUCUGAAAAUACACAUCCAAUACAAACAAUACAAAUUGUUGUAUUUCCAUCUUGUAAAUUUGGGACCUCCAGGGAAAAGUACCGGUUGAAAAUUCUGACAGAGGAAACAGCUUCACCUUUCAAAGUCAUACCUCUUCUAGAUAUUUUUACAAUGGAAAUAUGGUUGACAUGUUUGUUAAUCCUUGGCAUUGUAGUGGGCGUCAUACUACUUGUGUUACUUUGCUAUUGCGAGUUUACCAAGAAAAGUAAUAACGACGACGACAAAUCUGAUGGAAGUGCAUAAAAGAGACAUAUAUACUUUUAAGAAACUCACAGUUUCUUUUUAAAAAAAUAUUUAUAUUUAUGAAAUAUAUUUUUUGGUUAGUUAUUUAUAAUUCUCAGUUUGGAUAAUAAUAAAAGAUGAAAUUGGUUAAAAAAUAAUAAUAUGAUAUUAGAGUUUAAUCAAAUAAUCCAACUUAAUUUAUAAUUGAUAUAACUCAAAAGUUGGUCCAUUGAUCAUUGUUAAACAUUUCAAUAUUAAUUGUCAAAAACAAAUAUCUCGAAGGGAUGUACUUGAGACAACGUCCCAAAUUGAAAAAUUGGAAGAAUCUUACGUAAUAUGUAAAAGAUAUGUGCUAAUCCCAUUUCUACCAUAUAGUUUAGGUUUCAUUGAAACCUAUCUAAAUUAAUAUUAUGAACUUCCCAAAUACUUUCUUCAGCUCUUCCUCUUUCGAGUCCCUGAGAAAGUGAGAAGUUAGCUUUGGCUUGCAAAUGCCUUUCUACUUAAGAACAAAGUUUCAUGCAUUCCUUUCUUGAUGCAUGAUUUUGAGUCUACUGACAUGAUAACCAUAUACAUUCAACGAACGCGAUUUUCAUUAGUUUAUAAUUCAUAACUUUGUCAAAGCAGCCGAUUAAUUUAUCUUAACAUUAAUCACUUAAUCACACGAUCGAAUAAAAAAUGUGAUAAGGAAAUCUUAAAGAUCCUUCAACAACUAACACUCCCAUAAAUAAACAAAAACACAACGUGCGGGUCAGUAUGAGUACUAGCCAUGGCUAACACGUUCCUCUCUAUACAUAUGGUUAUAAGUUAUAACCUGCACCUUAUUUGUCAUUUGAGAGAUUAGUUCGUGGCAUUAAAGAAAAAAAGAUGGGGAAAGAUUUCAAAAGCAUGGUCACAAGAUGCAUCUACGUAUCAAAAGAGAACGAUAACGCCAAGAAGCUGAAAACCAUAACUGAGGAGCUCAGGGAUCUACACAACAGUGUCAUGAAACGAGUCAAAAUGUACGAAGAUCAGCAGAAGCUGAAGCGGCUCGAGAAAGUCCAGGUGUGGCUAAGACAAUCCGACGCAGCCAUCAAAGAGGCAGAAGAGAUGUUGAUGAUGUACAUGCCUUCUUCUGCAUCGAAUGGAUCAAACGUGAUGAUGAGUAGUAGUCACAAGAUAGACAAGAAGAUUAGCAAGAUGCUGAAAGAGGUUCAGGAGAUAAAGAGCCGAGGAACAUUUGAUGUGGUGGUUGAAAACAGUGGCGUUGGUAGUGGUGGGUCGAUGAUGAUCUCGACCGUUGAUAGAGAUGAUCAGACGGUUGGUUUAGAAGCGGUUUCAGGGUUGGUGUGGAGGUGCUUGACGGUGGAUAACACUGGGAUUAUUGGGUUGUACGGUGUGGAAGGUGUUGGGAAGACGACGGUGUUGACUCAGGUUAACAACAGGUUGCUUCAGCACAAGUCAAACGGGUUUGACUUUGUGAUUUGGGUGUUUGUGUCCAAGAAUCUGAAUCUUGAGAAGAUUCAAGACACGAUUCGGGAGAAGAUAGGGUUUCUUGAUAGGUCGUGGACGAACAAGACCGAGGAAGAGAAAGCCGGUAAGAUCUUUGAGAUACUUAGCAAGAAACGGUUUGCUUUGUUUCUUGACGACGUUUGGGAGAAAGUUGAUCUAGUGAAAGCUGGCGUGCCGCCACCCGAUGGACAGAACAGGUCGAAGAUUGUGUUCACGACCUGUUCAGACGAGGUUUGUCGGGAAAUGGGAACACAAACGAAGAUCAAGAUGGAGAAGCUGUCAUGGGAGAGAGCUUGGGACUUGUUUAAGAAGAAUGCUGGAGAAGAGACGGUGAAGAGCCACCCGGACAUAGCCAAGGUGGCUCAGGAGGUUGCAGCCAAGUGCGAUGGCCUCCCAUUGGCUCUGGUCACAAUAGGCCGAGCAAUGGCCUCUAAGAAAACACCUCAGGAAUGGCGUGACGCUUUGUACAUUUUGAGUAACUCCCCUCCAAAUUUUUCAGUUCUCAAGUUGCUGGACAGGAACUAGUUGAUGUGCACUCGAGGAACAAUCUUGCUGUGCAUGAGAGCAAAAAGAUAGCUGCGUACAUUUUGAUUAGGGAGAUUAAUGAUUGUAAUUCAUUUGUGUAUCUUAUUUGAGAUUUUAUGUCUUCUUUAUGUCACCGGCUAGAGUUUGAAGAAUUUGGUUGAAGGCUUGGAAUGUUUUGAACUUUUGGUGGUUAAUUAUUGGUUUUGUAUUUAAUUUAUUUUAACCGAAAAGGUUUGGUUCAAAAAAAAAAAAAAGGUUUGGUUCUCUUGAAUACAUAUCUAGAUAAAUGAUUUCUAUCUAAAAGGAGAGUUAGGUGCUAUUUAGCCUUGCUUUCCGCAAUUAUUGAUCCUCCUGAAGGAUAUAUGCUUGGCUAAAGGGAGUUAGGCAGCUAUUUAGGCCAUAAUUGUACUCUUUCCUCUGAUAUAUCAACUCACAUAAAAAGAAGAUUAUUCAUAUGAUAUGUUGUCUUCAUCACGGCACAUACUUUUAUAUCUUUUGUUGUCUUCAUCACGGCACAGACUUUAUUUUCUGGAAGCUUCAAAUUAUCAACUCAUG